CCUUCACUUUACUUUUCUCAAGCCCGGAUGUCAUGAAAACCACCACCGCCAAUAACGAUGUACCUGUCCGCAUUGACUGCAGGGAGGACCCCACCAGGGACCCCGGCACUCUCAACAAUCUCAUGGCGUCCAGUGUCGCCGCUCUGUGCUCCCGUCUCUGCACCCACCCCCUCGACACCCUCAAGACCCGCGUCCAGGUCUCGAAUGCCCACCUGCCCUUGCUUCCGACCUUCCUUAGCCUCCUCAGGAACGGAGGUCUUUACCGGGGACUGCCGAUUGCAUUGGCCCUGAGCGCCCCAGGAUUGUCCGUCUACCUGACAGCUUACGACCUCUCCAAAGACUCCAUCUCACGCCACUUCCCAUAUCUCAGCACAGACUCGGUUGUCAACCACAUGGCUAGCGCCGUCAUUGCAGAGGUAUCCUCAGGACUAUUCUGGACCCCAAUGGAGGUUCUAAAAUCGAAGCAGCAGGUCGAGAACGUGCCCACAUCCAUUUCUAAGGGUCCCAAUUCAAAACCAGGUACAUUUGCAUCAACAUCAGCAUUAUCGACGACAUCUGUGUCUGUAUCUCCUUUUUCGACAGCGGCCGUAACAAGUAUCCCACCAAAAGUACCAGCAGCCGCAUCUAAAAGACAAGCACCUGUUGGCACGAUGGAUCUGGCACGAAGGAUUUAUCGUCAAGAAGGGUUACUGGGCUUUUACCGCGGCUACUUCAUCACUCUCGGUGUCUUUGUACCAUACUCGAUGAUAUACUUUGCGACAUAUGAGCAACUCAAGGACAUGGCAUGGCGACGGCGACACACAGCUAUCCCUCUUAGCAUCGCAAAGCAGCACGAAGAGACACCGCCCUUUCCCACAAUUGUCGCGUGCGCAGCUGUCGCGGCCGGCAUCGCAGGAGGGGUAUCCAAUAUCGUCGAUGUAGUCAAGACGCGCUGGCAGAUAUCAGUGCUCGCCACAACCGAAGAGAACGCGUCCGCCGGGAGGAUCAUCAGGCAUAUGCUGCGUCAGGGUGGUUUUACCAGCUUCACACGGGGCAUGGGCGCACGCGUUCUAUGGAUGAUCCCGAGUGUAACGAUAUCAAUGUCGAUGUUCGAAUACCUCAAGGCAAACGGGUUUGUAUAAAUUGCAGACAAAAACAAUCACCACGCACAAUCUACUCGCUUAUACCUCAUGGACCUAGAUUCUACUCAUUCAUAUUCAUUUAUGCA